AUGCCAGACGUGUGCCGCAUACACGUCCGGUACGUCACUACGACCCUUUGUGGUGAGGCGUGCAGCACCCCAGACUGGGUGAUCGGCAUGUUAUUUUGGGUCGGCUACUUCAACUCCGCCCUCAACCCACUCAUCUACGCAUACUUCAACAGGGACUUCCGGGAAGCGUUCAAGGACACGCUCAUCUGUGCGAUGCCAUGCUGCUUCACCUGCUGGAAGACUCCGGCCAGGUACCUCUAG